AUGCCGCUCAACUCGAAGGCUGUUUAUGCAAAGGAGAAGGCGGACUAUGUCCCAUUUGCUAGUCGACGAAGUACCGUGCACAGUAAACAUGGCAUUGUAUCCUGCACGCAGCCGUUGGCAGCUGCAGCGGGGCAUCGCAUUCUGAGUCAAGGUGGAAACGCAGCAGAUGCUGCUGUUGCUGUUGCUGCCGCAAUCAAUAUGUCGGAGCCUGGCUCGACUGGUAUUGGCGGCGAUAUGUUCUGUCUCUUUUAUAAGGCUGAAAUCAAGAAGGUCCAUGCUCUGAACGGAUCGGGUCGAUACCCUGGCAAGGCUACAUUGGAAAAGGUGCGCAAGGACUUGAACGUGGCCCCUGAUGCACCGGGUAGCAUUCCCUUCCUGAAUGCUCUUGCAGCGACAGUUCCUGGUGCUGCGGCGGGUUGGGUGGAUACAAUUGAAAAGUUUGGAAGUGGAAAGUUGUCUUUGGAACAGAUCCUGCAACCUGCUAUUGAGAUGGGUGAAGAUGGAUUUGUGGUUUCGGAGCUUUCGUCACAUGGUUGGCAAGAAGCUGAGAAGGAUAUCCGUGCAGCAUCACCCAACUUCCGUGAAAUGCUGAAGAAAGAUCCAGCUGCUAAGGAUGGAGUGCGUGCUCCUCUGCCUGGCGAGAUUAUGAAGAAUCCCACAUUGGCGAAAACCUUCCGUACCCUGGCAACUGAGGGCAAGAAAGGGUUCUACCAUGGUAGAAUCGCAGAGGAAAUUGUGAAGGUGGCUCGGAGCCUGGGAAGUUAUUUGGAUCUUGAAGAUCUAGCACAACAUGCUGCGCAGGGUACCCAGGAAGUGGAUGCCAUCUCACUCAAGUUCACUGGCCAGGAUAUUGCAUCCAAGCAGUCUCCAGGGACAGAUGGUACUAACCAGGGUGUUGAGGUGUGGGAACACCCACCUAAUGGCCAGGGUAUCGUUGCGCUAAUGGCUCUCGGUAUCAUGGAAGAGCUAGAGCGGGCUGGCAAGAUCCCGAAGUUCAGCCAGGACCAACAUAAUUCCGCAGAAUAUCUCCAUGCUCUGAUUGAGAGUUUGAGAAUUGCCUUUGCAGACGCGGGAUGGUGGGUGACAGACCCUGAUGUUGAGCGAGUACCAUCGCAGGGCCUUCUCGCUCGCGAUUACCUAGCUGAACGGGCGAAGCUCUUCUCACCAGACGGUGUUGCUGAGCUCUUGGACCACGGCAGCCCAGCACACAAUCAUUGUGACACGGUAUACUUCGCUGUGACGGAUCGCGAAGGCAACGGCAUCUCGUUUAUCAAUAGUAAUUAUGCUGGAUUCGGCACAUCUAUCAUUCCCGCUGGCUGUGGCUUCACACUGCAAAAUCGUGGCGCCAAUUUCUCCUUGCAGGCUGGACACCCGAAUGUUCUGGCCCCGAACAAGCGGCCCUACCAUACUAUUAUUCCCGCCUUGAUCACCAAUGUGGAGGACGGAUCACUGCACUCUGUGUAUGGUGUGAUGGGUGGCUUCAUGCAGCCACAAGGCCAUGUGCAAGUUCUACUUAACAUGCUUGCAUUCGGGUAUCACCCUCAAGCGGCUCUUGAUUCCCCGCGUAUUUGCAUCAAGGCGCCGACAUCCGAAGAUCGUGACCGUACGGUGUGUGUUGAGGAGGGUAUCAGUGAGGAGGCCAUUGAGGGUCUGCGCCAUCUGGGUCACAAGAUUGAGGUGCUCAAGGGUUGGGAACGGUCGAUGUUUGGUCGUGGGCAGAUCAUUCGUCUACACUAUGAUGAUGAUCAAAUGGUUUAUAGUGCAGGCAGUGACCCACGUGGCGAUGGAAUGGCCUUUCCGCUACUCUGA